CAGAUAACAUCUAUGCUUAACACGUAUCACCACGCAUCUACUGUCAGUAGAACACAUAUGAUUUAUGAAUAAUAUAAUAUUCAAAAGAGAGAGAGGAGAGAUAAAAAUCUUGAAAAGUGUGCAAGCGUUGAGCAUAUCAGCAUCUUUUCCCUGCAAUAACUAUGUGUAAUUGUUGCUGCGAUUAAUUGGAAGCUUAAUUUGGAAGGAAUAAGAAAAUGGCUGCCAUGGAAGAACCAAUACUCUCAAGACUAAACCGACUGGAUAAUAUUUUGAAACAACUGGAAGACAUCAAGAGCCUUAACCAUUCUCCCAAAAGCUCGUGUGCAUCGACUUUCUCAAGUGGAACCCUCACAAGUGACGGCCACGCAUCAUCGGUGGAUUACUCGCCAAAAAGGUUGGAGAAGCGUUUCCGGCCCAUCAAUGAAGUGAUAUUAGAAGUCGAGCACAAGGGCACGCUCAUCGAAAGACUAGUCCAUCUGGAGGACCGCAUCUUGAAGAUUUGUUUGCAAUUAGAAGAAGAGCUGGAGGCGGAAAAGCACAGAGACGAGACAGCCUCAGCAGAGAAGAAUUCACCUAAGAAGGUCUUGAAGAAGAUGCUGAAAACUUGUGUAGGAGGAGGAUACAGGAAGCAUAAGAUCAAAGAUUGAUACAGACAGUUCUUUUAUAAGUUCUUUUACAUUAUUGUCUAGGAAAUGACUGUUUAGGCAUAUGAUGCAAAUGUGGUAAAGACGUGAAGUGUUUGAGCAUUUUGUGUGUGUAUGUGUGUUUGUCUUACAAUACUUUAAAGACUAUGCUGGUUUACUUGUA